GCGGCCCCUGCGCCCGCCGGCGCGCCCUGGGAGCUGUAGUCCGGUGCCGGCCCUGCCCCUGGCGAGCGCAGGAAGCUGAAGGGCCAAGGGACUACAAGGCCCAGGCUGCCCAGCGGCUCUAGCCCCGCCCCGCUGUAUGAAUGACUAAUGCGGCGUGCGGUCCGGCCAGCGUGCCCCUGCUGCCGGAGCUCCGUGGUACUGCCGAACCUUCCUCUCGCAGCGCCCCAGCCAGCGGCGGGCCCCACAGCCGAGCACGGCAAUUCUUGUGUGGUUCGUGAAAAAAAGCCUACACUGCAGGGAUGCAAGAGGAGCAACAGCCUGAGGCUGCUGCAGAUCCAAUGUCCUCCUCCGAUGCACCAGAAGAUGGACCAAAGGAAACAUCAAGUGUAUCCCAGAAUAUCUCUGACGCAGAUGCAUUUAAAAUUCUUCUAGAGAUGAAGAUGAAGAAGAGGCAGAAAAAGCCUACUUUGCCAAGCACUGUGACUGAGCUUGGCACUGAGGAUGGUUCUCAAGUUUAUGUGGUUGGAACGGCCCAUUUCAGUGACAGCAGCAAAAAGGAUGUAGUAAAAACAAUACAAGAAGUGCAGCCUGAUGUAGUUGUGGUGGAACUAUGCCAAUACAGAGUUUCUAUGUUAAAGAUGGAUGAAAAGACAUUAUUAAAGGAAGCCAAAGAAAUAAACCUGGAAAAACUUCAACAAGCUAUAAAGCAGAAUGGAGUCAUGUCCGGAUUGAUGCAGAUGCUGCUGCUGAAGGUUUCUGCUCACAUCACAGAACAGCUGGGAAUGGCCCCUGGAGGAGAAUUCAGGGAGGCUUUCAAAGAGGCCAGUAAAGUACCUUUCUGUAAAUUCCAUCUUGGAGACCGACCCAUCCCUGUUACAUUUAAGAGAGCAAUUGCUGCACUUUCUUUCUGGCAAAAAGUAAAACUUGCUUGGGGUCUUUGCUUCUUAUCUGACCCAAUCAGUAAAGAUGACGUGGAGAAAUGCAAACAGAAGGAUUUACUGGAGCAGAUGAUGGCAGAAAUGAUUGGAGAGUUUCCUGACCUUCAUCGAACGAUUGUCUCAGAACGAGAUAUUUACCUGACCUACAUGCUGAAGCAAGCAGCAAAGCAGAUAGAGCUACCUCGAGCUUCAGAAACUGAACCUAGAAAAUACAUCCCAGCUGUUGUAGUUGGUGUUGUUGGGAUGGGCCAUGUACCUGGAAUUGAAAAGAACUGGAACUCUGACUUAAACAUCCAGGAAAUAAUGAGUGUGCCUCCUCCAUCAGCUUCAAGUAAGGUUUUCAAAUUUGUCAUAAAAGCAACAGUUUUUGGACUGAUGGGAUAUGGCUGCUACCGAAUAGGCCAAAGGACGGUUCAGUUCUUUCUCUCGAUGCCAGCAGCACAGAGCUAUCUUCAGAAGCUGACAGAAAUAAGGUCUCAUCAUUGAACAUCAAGUGGAGGCACUGUGGGAAGAAGGUGGCUGAAAAAGGGUGAUAGAGGCAACAGAUGUGAACUGUACUGAAAGAAGAAUGAGGAUUCUAGGCAGAGAGUUUGUUGAACAAAGCUGAAUUGCUGUAUAAUAGAAGAUAUGAUACUAAAAUUACACCAGCUAUGAGCUAAUAUGAAUAGGUUUGAUUCCUGGUAAGUGUGUUGCAUGAAACUACAUGAUUCCAGAAUGAGGUAAAAGAAAUACGUGUGCAAAUAUGUAUAUUAUAUAUAUGCAUACUUUAUAUAUGAUAUAUAUUAUUGAUGAUGCAGUACAGACAGCUUAAAGAGUGUAUGUUCAUGACUUUUCCAGAGGAACAGAACAACACAGAGUAACCUAGUUGGCUGCAUCUGCUCCAAAGUUCAGGGACACUUGAAUCAAUUCUUUGCUUUUUUUUUUUUUUUUUUUUUUGGCCUAGGGAUAAUAAUACCUAGUGGGUGUUUAUGGUGCCAGACACUUUUACGUGUAAUUUAGAAUUCUCAAUGUGUGUUUUCUACUUAAAACAUUUAGGCUUUUUUUAAACUGAAGAGCUUUCAAAAAAUUUCAGAAUUGUACAGGCUGUCAUACGUACACUGCUCAAAUUUUUUACAAGCCUUACUGAAGAACAGGAACGUUGCCUUUAGAUUGCAUCCCUUGCUACCACCACCACCAGUUGAAUUGUCUUUUCUCCUGCAUACAGAAGGUAUAGCCACACCAUCAGAAUGCAGUGUGGUUUGUGUCAGAUGUUUACAGAACACUCUGUUCCUCUAGAUUAGCUUAUUUAAACUGUAUUAUUUAGCCAAAUCCUAAUGGAUUCAGUAUUGUAAAUUUAAGAGACUAGAACUACUGUACAAUUUACUUUUGUUUCUCAGACCUUUCAUUUACUGGGACAAGAAGUCUGGAAUUGAUAGUACCUGCCCCUCAUUUUUGAUACAUGAAAGUAUUUUAUUUAUCAAUGUAAUUUCUCAGUGGAUGAAUAUUUUAAUCUAUUUAAUAGAAAAGCAAUGUUCAAUUUAGCUUUUCAAAUUAGCUGUAGUAUUUGGAUUACCUGCUAUUUAUACAUAGAAUUAUGGGUGCUUCAGACUGCUGUGAUUUUCUCUCUUAAUUAUCCAGGACUGCCAUCAUCGAGAUACUUGUUUCUUUUUUUCUUUUUCCUUUUUUUUUUUUUUUUUUUUUUUAAACCCUAAGUUCAUAUUUCAUAGGAAUUUUAGGUACCUUUUAUACAGUAUUUUCAAUGACUGUAAAGUGCCCUCUGCAAUCAGCUAGUCCCAGUUCAGCAACCCAGAUAACUGUAUCUGUCAUAUCAAAGUUUUAACCUGAUGUAUUUGAAUAGAAGAGUCCCACUUGCUCCUCGGGCUCGCAUGCAGUUGCUUGUCACUUAAAGUGAAAUUUCUGUUUCCAUUAAUUUCUGGGAAUGAAACACAGGAACCAGUGUGUGAGGCAGAAGGAGGAAUAGGUGAUGUUUUGUGCUUCUUUGUUGGUUGUUGGUUGCUUCAACAAAAAACAACAAACCACUUUUAGUAGGAUAUGUUUCCAAAGUAUUGUGUUGGAAGUCCUUUUGUACAGUCUAUUGUUUCCUGGAAGUAUGUACAUGUAUCUUCCGUGCAGUGUUGUCUUUUUCAAGCUUUUCAAAUGAAAUUAAGGAUCUAAUGCUCCUCUUUGUGAUGGCAUUGACUUUGCUGGAAGCUGGUCUGUCCAUGCAACCUGAUGCUUUUCUGCCUUGCACUUUGAAAAUUCUGAGUCCCAGUGCAGCAAAUCAUUUUAGUGCAUGUUUAUCUUUAAACCUAAUAAAUCUGACCCCAUCCUGCAGAGUUCUUCAGAUGAUGCUAGGUGCUUCUGGAUCUGGGCCUUACAGCAGUUGUGCAGGGAAUAAACCUUAGCAAAUAAGAAUGGCAGCAAUUCUUGGACACAAAGUGAAAACAAUAAUACAGACUAUGGCAGAGGCAGGUCCUUUUAUUUUCUGUCUACUAGUGCUUAAGAAUCCACCAGCUGUCUCUAUCAAGAAGAAAAGCAGUAUUUGUAAACAUUUUGUAGAAGACUAGAGUGGCUGCCUGAAUUUUGAUUCCUGAUUUUUUGGUAAAGGUUUAAUGUUGUUUACAAUUAAGAAGUCGUAUUUGAAUAAUUCUGUUACGUUUUAUGUACAUUUUUAAAAUAUGAAAGCAAAAGCUUAAGCUCAUUCUUCUCCUGGCUUUAUUGACAUACCAAAAUACUGUUUUGCUGAUUGUUCUUUUGAGAAUUUUUAGCUGGUAGAAUUCAAUAUAUUGAAGUUUUGCUUUAAGUUAUCUACAGAUUUUUGAGGUAUCUGCAGAUAUUCUAAAAGCUCUGUAGAUCUUUGAUAUCUGUGCUCAGGUAAUUUUACACAAAAAAAUAAAAAAAAACCAACAAUAAAAAAAAAAACAAAACACAAACAAAUCUAAGGUAAAUUUUAGAUACGAGCCUUAAACUUGGGUGGGACUAAUGCUAAAUGAUUGUCAUGGAGCAUUCUUGCAGACUUAAUGUUUUAUGCUUUUUAGCCAGAAUUGAUUACCGUGUAAAUUGUCCAUUCAUUAUUCAGUUAUUCUCUGGAGUUAAUACUUUAAGUUUAUUGUUUCACUGUCUUUUUACAAAGCAUAUCAGUACAUUCUUAAAGAAGCCUGUUUGUGGACAGACAAUUUGCAAUUUAUCUUCCCACUAUUGCAAGUUGGCAGAUCAUACGCAUGCACUGUUCACUCAGUGGCACUGGAAAGCCUGGUGAAUUUGCAGAGCCAACAGUCCUAUGAAUUCAUACAUGAAUGCUCAGUGCUGUGUUCAAUGUGUUGUACUCUUUAUGUAACAUAAUCUGUGGCUUAGGCCCAUCCUUUUCUGUUCUAGUCAGUCCUUUCAGUGUUAACAGCAUCCUGGAAAAUUUAAAUAUAUGUUGAAUUGUCCCAGCCCCACCUCAACCUUAUGAAGCCAUAUUGUAUUUUUUUUUGUGACAUGUACAUCUGUUUCAUGCAUUUGUACAUGUGAUGUAAAUUUGAAGUAUUUUUAACAAUGUGUGCCUUUACUCUAAAGUGAUUUAAAGUAAACAGCAGUAUGUUCUAUGAUAUAAAAAAAUAAAAUAUUUUAACCAUCA